UGUCUGUGCAAAUAAAAAAUAAUGGAUUCCAAAAGAAAAUAGUAAACUAUAUAAAUAGUAAUGGUGUCGACAAUGGUUCGCGCUCCGAACGGUGGUAGCGCUUUUGUAACAUUGUGUACUUUUGAACGAAGUACCAUCAUUUGGAUUGAUAUUGCUGGGGUAUGCCAGGCCGAGUAUACUAGGAAUUCUUUUCCAAGUGUCACUAGUAAUUCAUUCGUUAAAGUCAAGAAUUUCCCGGGUAUGGAAAAUAAAAUAUCAACUCAAAAAGGCCUUUUAACCGUUGGUCUAAUUUUCAUGUUAUCAUCCGCAUCUCUAUUUUAUGUUUACAUGAGUUUUCCAGAACUACAAGAAGAUGAAAAACAAUAUAUAAAAUUACCACUUGAUAUUCAAGAUGCUAAGAAUCUUGGAAAACUAUUAGAAUCAUACAAAGAUUUAUAUUACAUUCAAGUUUUAACUGGACUAUUUGUAACAUAUAUUUUGUAUCCUUUUCAUGUUCUAUGCAAUUAUAAUAUUAGGUUAUAUUUAAAUAUUUUUUCCUUAAAUAAUUACAAUAGUUUACAAACGUUUGCUAUUCCUGGAUCAAUUUUUUUAUCGAUACUCUCCGGAUUUCUCUUUCCUUUUACAUUAGCUCUUACACUGGUUUGUACUUGUAGUGCAAUUGGAGCUUCUCUUUGUUAUCUACUUUCUUCCUUGGUUGGAAAGAAAUUAGUACACAAAUAUUUCCCAGAGAAAGCAAAAAUUUGGGCCGAAACCGUGACCAAGCAUAAGGAUAAUUUAUUAAAUUAUAUCUUAUUCUUACGAAUUACCCCGUUAUUACCAAACUGGUUUAUAAAUUUGGCAAGUCCAGUAGUUGGAGUACCUAUGUUGCCAUUCACAAUAGGAACAUUUUUAGGUGUUGCACCUCCCUCAUUUGUUGCUAUACAAGCUGGACAGACUUUAAAUAAGUUGACUUCAUCUAGCGAUGCAUUUUCAUGGAAUAGCUUAAUUUUAUUAUUUAUCUUUGCAUUGCUCUCCCUCGUACCUGUUGUAUUUAGGAGCAAACUUAGGGAAAAAUUCGAAUAAAUUAAAAAAUUUUUUAAAUAAUAUUCUUGAUUAUUGAC